UUCACAUCACAUAACCUAAGUAAAGUUAGGGUUAGGGAUUUUACCUUCUUCUUUUUUCUAUCAGCGUAAGGUGAAGAAAAUCUCAUCCUAAUCUAAAUCAUGUCGUCGACGAGGAAGAUCACCCUGAAGAGUUCCGACGGAGAGGCCUUCGAGGUUGAUGAGGCGGUGGCGCUGGAAUCCCAGACUAUCAAGCACAUGAUUGAGGACGAUUGCGCCGACAGUGGCAUCCCUCUCCCCAACGUCACCAGCAAGAUCUUGGCGAAGGUAAUCGAAUACUGCAAGAAGCACGUCGAAGCCGCGAAUCCCGACGAGAAGCCAUCCGAUGAGGACCUCAAAACUUGGGACGCUGAUUUCGUCAAGGUUGACCAGGCCACGCUCUUCGAUCUCAUCCUGGCUGCAAACUACUUGAACAUUAAGAGCCUGCUGGACCUUACGUGCCAGACCGUAGCUGACAUGAUCAAGGGGAAGACUCCAGAGGAAAUUCGCAAGACCUUUAACAUUAAGAAUGACUUCACUCCCGAGGAAGAGGAGGAAGUUCGUCGGGAAAACCAGUGGGCAUUUGAAUGAUUUUGUUAAGCUCUUAAAAACUAAUCAAAGACCUUCCAUGUGGAUUUAUGCUAUGCUUGUUUUGUUUAUCAAAGAUCUUCCAUGUAGAUUUAACUAUGCUAUAUAUAUACUUGUUUGUUUUAUCUUUUCGUCUA